AUGAAUUAUUAAAACUCAUCAUUAUUGUAAUUUGAUAUAGAAUAACCACAGUAAAUACAAUAGAAAGAAAAUCAGAAAUAUCAAUAAUAAAAUCUUCUAAAUGAAACUGGUAUACAAAAUAAAGAAGAGAAUCCUUCAACAAAAUUAUAAGAAAUUUAUAAAGAGCAUCGUAAAAACUAAGCUUUUAGUAACUUUAUAAAGUAUCAUUCUCCUCUAUUCUCUUAAGUAGAGAAAGGAGUAAAAAUAAAAAUGGUCAACAAUAAUAAUAUAUAUUAAGAAAUGGAUAAAGAUUAUUAAAUAAAUAAAGUGAAAUCAGUCUAAUUUAAUCUUCAAAAUAAUUAUGUCUAUUAAAUUAUCAAACAUCCUAAUGAAUAUUUAACUUUAAAUGAAAGAUUUAAUUUAUAAAGAAAUAUUCAACAAUAUGCAAUGUAAAAUAGAUUUGAUUCUACUUCUGAAGAAGAAGAUGAUGAAAUUGAAGAAUAACUAUCUUUUAUUGAAAUAAUAGUAAAAGAUUUUGGGUAAUAACCAAAGAGCAUAAUGAAGAAAUAAACAUAAUAAUUUAAACAUGAAGCAGAAGAUGAUGAAGAAGAUUAUUAAAACAAAAAUUUAAGUUUUAAAGAAAUUAGAAAUCUAGAAAAAAAAGUUAAAGAACAUGAUUAUGGUGUUGGAUUACAAUUACUUUAAAAAUUAGGAUUUAAAUAUGGUGAAGGUUUAGGAAUAAAUAGAUAAGGUAUUUUAGAACCUCUUAUUCCUAUUAAAAAAUAAGUAUUCACAGGUUCAUAAUCUAAUCAAAAUAAAAAUUAUGAUGAAGAAUAAAUUUGGUAAUUUGAUCAACCUCAAGAAACAAAAACAAUGAAAAAAAUGGAUAAAAUUUGGAGAAAGAAAAAUUAAAAGGAUUAUUAUAAUAAUUAAUAAUUAUCCAAUUCAUUUGAUACUAAAGCUAAUAUUAUUCAACAAUAUUUGGCUGAAGUUUCAGAAAUUACUUAAUCUGUUCAACAUUUAUUAAUUACUAAAUUAAGUAAAUAUUAGAUUAAUGAAUAAAUUAUUCAAUAAUAAAGAAAAAAAAUUAUUACUCUAGAUUUUGAAUAAGAAAAAACACUACAUUAAUUAGAAAAAUAAUCAGAAAGUAUAAGAAGAAAAGAAUCAUUUUAAAAAUAUCUUCUCUUUUUUUAAGAUGAUGAAGUUUAAAUAUCAAAUGAACCUUUUCCUUUGUUUGAAAAAUUUAAAGAAUGCUUUAUAAAACAUCCAGAUCUAUUUAUUUAAUUUAAUCUUAUUGAGGUAUUAAUUAAAUAAGGAGUAGAAGAAAUUAAAUAAAUGAUUUAAAGUUGGGAAGGACCUAUUACAAAUAUUCUUGAAAAUGAAUUUAAUCUAAUUUUUAAAAUUAUUAACUUAGUAAAGGAUGUUUUUGUUCAUUAAAAAUCAUUGGUCAUUGUAUAAAAUCACAAGAAAUCACAAAUUCUUGUGAUUGAUAAUUUAAUCACAAAAAAUGAUUACUUACAUCUUUAAAAUAUUAUAGACAUUUUUAUUAAUCCUAUUAAAUCAAAAUUAGAAAAUUAUAUUCACUCAUAAUAUAAUCCAUGUUUAGACAAUUUAUUAUUUUAAAUGCUUACAUUAUGGCAUACUGAUGUAACAAAAAUAGAAAUUGAAGAAGAUCAAGAUGAAUAUCUUUAAAAGUUAAAACUCUUUAAUUAAAAAACUAUUUAAAAUCUUUGUAAUAUCAUAAUUCCGAAAUUAAAACAAUUAAUUGUUAAUUGGAAUAUUAAUGAUUCUUUUUAACUUCAUAAAAUUAUCUUACCUUGGAUUGAAUCAUAAUUUAAAAUUCAAGAAUUAUAUCAUGAAUUGACACUCAAGUUAUUAAAUAUAGACUUAGAAGAUUAACCUGAUUUUGGUUUAAAUAUACUAAUACCCUGGUCUAAAUUUUAAGAUAUCCAAUGGAAUUAAAUUUUAUCAACUUAAGUUGUGUCUAAAAUGAUACAUAGUAUACAAAAUUUAAAUAUUGCUUCAAAUUUUGAAGUUGCUUAAAAAAUUCUUCUAUAUUUUGAUUAUAUUCAGGAGUAUACAGAAAUAAUAUUUUAACCUUUAAUUGAAAAAUUAAAUGAUUAUGUCUGUUUAAAUAUAUAAGAGAAUAUAAAUUCCCAAAAUCCAGAAGUUAAUCAAGAAAUUUUUUAGUAAAAUUUUAUAAUUAUAUAAAUAGGUUAUUAAAUUAAUGGGAAUUGAUCCUUUAAGAUAAAGUACUGAAAAAAGUCGAUCAUCUAAAUGGGUAAUUUAAUUUGAUCAAAAAGAAGUUAUUAAGAUGA